AUGAAGAACAGCGAGAGACUAGGCAAGAACCAGGCACAAGACUGUGGCCAGCAAACAGACUUCACAAGAAAGUUUCUGAUAACUGCAAAUAUCGCGAAGACUUUGAACGCCGGAAGAAACCCCAACAGCUGGGUCAACCAGGCUGGCCACCCCCUCUCUACAACACCUGGGAAGUCCUGUGUCACAAAAAUUAUUGAACAGUAUAAUGUUAAUAUGACCUUGGGUCUUGGGAAGUAUACAACACCCGGGAAGCCCUGUGUCACAGAAAUUAUUGAACAGUACAACCUUAAUAUGACCUUGGGUCUUGGGAGGCAUCAAGUCCCUGCGAACAGAGGAGUGGCUUUUCCGCCAACAAUCCGAUUCAAGAACGAGAACGAGCGGAACACUGUACUCACCGAGACUCAUAGGCGGGAUAAGGACUGGUAG